AUGUACUCCAGUACAUCAGCAUCACCACCAAAUCCACGAACACCGGCGCCGAAUAAAUUCGCCGCUAAAGCGCUGCAUAAGGCCGGCGCUUUACGAGACGGAGACGCGAAGAUGAAGGAUCUGUCGGGGGCACCGAAGAAGGAUGCGGGUCGGCUGAGGUCCCACAGGCCGAAACUUAUCAAUGAGAUCAAGGGAGGAGAGUCGUCGCGUACGCGUGUGACUGCUGGUGCUGGGUCGUUGAACAUCCGCGGUGCAUCCGCUGGAGGAAGUGCCCGCGACGCAGCGCGAGCGGCGGUGGCCACCCGGUUGCAAAGGACGCUGCUGAGCAAGGCAAAGCCGGCGCUUAAGCAGGUCAAGCCUCUGGAAGUCUGGAGGGACUUUGUGAACCGGCGAUAUGAUGCCAAUACGGGCUUCUUGAACCUCGAACGCAUGCAAGACGACCAGACGCUGAAGGAUGCCAAACUAUGCCCGCCAGGCCAUCCCCGUUCGACAGAGAAAGAAGGUUCAGUUAUCUUCAAGAUGGCGGCGCAGUUGAAACCACCGGUCACGACGAUAUCGUUGGCGCACAAUAACCUGCAGAGUCUGGCGAAGGUGGCGACUAUCGCCCACUACUUGCCUGACAUCGUCAACCUGUCCCUCGAAGGCAACAACUUGCGCUAUUGGAAAGACCUCGACACCAUCUCUGCCCUCACUGACCGGAAGGACAAGCUUUCAAAGUUGAAAGAGCUUAUCCUCACCGGUAACCCAAUACGCGAGGACGACAUCAGGGUGGGCAAGAUCGACGCUUACCGCAGCGGCAUCGCUCGCCGUUUCCCAACGCUAGAGAUGCUGGAUCAGGAGCCCAUGACCAGAAUCGCGUUCGCUUCUGAGGGAGCGACGGGCACACCACCCGUCCACGUCGGCCCACUACCAGCCUCGUCCGUAUUCCCUGCGGACAUGUGCCCGUCAUUCAUUACCGGCCUCAACGGCAACGAGGUCAUCAUCCCUACUUUCCUCACGAGAUACUUCAAAUUAUUCGACGAUGACCGGGCGGCGCUCGGCGAUGUUUAUCACGAUUCCGCGACGUUCUCCUUCCAGGCACAAACGUCGAUCCCGGCGCGCGCUCGUAUUCAGGGCUUCCAGCACAAGCUGCCAAACCAAACCAAACUCGAAUGGUCGCCCUGGCUGGCCGCGGGCUCGCGCAACCUCAUGCGAGUGAGCAAUCAACCUGGCAAGCUGCUCAGCAGUAUGCACAUAGGACGUGACGCGGCGUUGGGCACGAUCAUGAAGCUACCCGCCACGAAGCACGAUAUCACUGGCUCGGCGGAGAAGUUCUGCAUUGAUGCGUGGCCCGUUGAGGCGACGCUGUUUUUGAGCGUACAUGGCCAGUUCGAAGAGCAAUCUAACCACGGUCUGCGCUCGUUCGACCGCUCUUUCGUACUCGGUGCGCCGGCCGAAGGAUCCCGCGCGAAGCUCGCAGGAUGGGACCUCGAGAUCCUCAGCGACCAGCUCGUCGUGCGCAACUACUCGUCGCACGAAGCGUGGAAGCCAGGUCCCUUGCUUGUACAAGCCGUCGACGAGGCGGGCGCUCAGCAGGCCAUGGCUCAAUUGCCGCCCGCCGUGAAGGCCGCGAUCGAUACUCUCCCGGAACAGCAGCGUGCGCCCAUGGCGCAGCUCAUCGCGCGCACGAGGCUGAAGGGCGAAUUUGCGUUUGACUGUUUGGAUAACUCUGGAUGGAACCUCGAGGCGGCAGUGAAGAAGUUCGAGGAGGUCAAGGGAAGCCUUCCGCCCGAUUCCUACCUGCAAUUCUAG